UUGGAUUUAUGAAAGGACAUUUUCAUUCUUCAUUAAUACGUGUAACUGAGGUAACAGAGUAAACUAAUUAGUGAAAGGUGUUAAAAUGAUGGAAGUAGCAGGCCUGUCUGCUACCCCCUCAGCUGCCGAUUCCAGUGCAGCUGCGGGUAACUGGUCUCCCCUUUAUGGGGGUUCUGCUAAGUUAGACCAGGACACCAUCAAGUACAUCCAUAAGUUCUAUUGUAAGGACUGUCGCAUGGAAGCAGAAAGAGCAAAAGCAGCCAAAUCUGGGAGCGAGGAGGGCUCCAAACCGACCAGUCCACAGAGGUCUCUCGAUGAAGCCUCACUGCAUCAGACAAUGGACAAAAACAAAGAAUCUCUCAAGCGCAAGUUGAUGCUGAGGCGAUCAGUGAAUGAACUUGUGGAUCAGGGAAUUUAUCCUCCUUUAAAAACUCCACCUGCAUUUGCUGAACAACGGAAACAGUUGGAGAGAGCCAAGACAGGAGAUUUGUUGCGCCACAAAAUCCAGAGUCGACCAGAUCGUCAAGCCUUGGUACAGCAGCAUAUAUUAGAAGAUACCAACGUUGACCCAUCAUUGCAAGAUCGCCGAAGAGCUUUGAAAAGAGCCAGGCUUCUAGAUGGCUUAAAUGACAAAUUAUUCCACCGUCCGGGACCUUUAGAAUUAGUGCAGGGGAACAUAUUACAUGCAGAUGAGAAGCUUGCAGAGGCGGUUAAAGAUGGCACAAUCCGCUUCAGCCGAACGUUUGACAUGGAGGAUAGCUCUGAGCAGUCUGAACAGAUGGGGGCUGAGGAGGACAGUAACCAGAGUGAUUCGGCCCCAUCACCAAGUCUGGGAGAGGACUCCAGUAUGUCUGACAUCAGCAGCCCAAACUCCAUUAUUCCAACUGUACCUGACAUUUCCAUGCUGCUCCAAACCCAGCAGAAAACAGUCACACCUGGCCAGUCAUUGUCUUUCAAUAAGAUACCACCUAUUACCACACAGUCUUUCCUGGGGCCGGCAUCCGGGAGCAGUAUAUUUGCCAACAGCAGUAUACAGUCUGGCAGUAAAAACAGCAAUGGUGGCAAUGGCAACAAGUCAUCCUCCUCUUCUGGGUCAAGGCACAAAAAACAUAAGCCAAAAAUACAGGCCAAGGCUAAGGUGAUAAAAUUCCAUGAGUACAAAGGACCACCAAAUGUCGUGAAAACUCAACCUGCUGCCCCAUCGCCACCUAAUCCUAAUUCAGAGACACCUUAUCAUGUAAUGCUGCAGCAGCAGCAACUCUUUUUGCAAUGGCAGCUGGAGUUUAAGCAGAAAAACAUGCCAUUUACAUUGUCAAAUGCCAAGGCUGGACCUGAUGGCACAUCGGUUGGGAUGCCCCAAGGCAGUCCAACCAGCAUGGUCAGUUCUUCUGACAACUCUCAGUCUUGCUCAGUAAGUUCCGUUAGUUCCCCUCCACCUGCUCCACCCCUCCCUGGACAGCUCCCCAAACAAGUCCAGUUCCACCAGCCUUCUUCACCACUGACACAGAUUCAGAAAAGCCCCUCCCCUCAACCUGUGGUACCUCCACCUCCACCCCCACCACCACCCGCAGCUAAACAAAAAAGUCAGAACAGUGCCUCAAGUAACUCUGGUGCUCCCAAAUCCUUCAGCACAUUUGAUGAGAUGAAGGUGGCAGAUCUGAAGGUCGAAUUGAAAAAGAGGAACAUGCCUGUGUCUGGUCCGAAACCACAGCUGAUAGAGAGACUUCGGCCCUUUGCUGAUUCUAUUCUGACACCUGCACAAAGUGCUGAUAGUACAACAGAGCCCGUGACAGCUCCUGUGAUCUCUACACUUCCUAAUGUAAGUGCUGUGGUUAAGGUGGAAUCAAACUUGAGAAUGGAGCCACCUGUAAAGAUUGAGCCAGGGAUCAAGAUUGAGCCAGGUGUUCAACAAGAAGAGAGUAUGAACACCUGUUCACCACCGAUAUCCCCAACUCAUACAGAGGCCAGCAUUACGCCUAUGUCUCCAGAUGGAAUGGACAUCCAGUCUCCCUCAAAUGUGGCACUUGGUGUCCUGAAGAGUCAGUUCAGCUCAAGCCAAGGCUCUAUACCAAUGAUUGUGGAUCAGAUAUCACGUCCACCCUCAGCAGCUCCCAUGGAAAUUGCACCAAUGGAAACUGACCAAACGAGUAUUAUACAUUCAGUGGCUGAUUUUACUCAAAACCUGCCCCCAGGUUUUAAGACCUUCACUGCUGUUGCCCAGCCAAUGCCUCUGACUACACCACUGCUGAAUAACUCGCAAGUUAGUCCAAAACAAGACCAAAGACAGCUGACACAAGAAGAGCUGCUUCGCCAGCAGCAGAAAAAGAUUGAAGAACUGCAACGGCAGUUACAGCAGUCUCAGCUGCAAUUGAAGAUUCAUCAAGAGCAGCAACGUCUUUUACAGCAGCAGAAGCUAUUACAACAACAAGUGCAACAACAUCAACAACAGUUAGCAAAGCAUCAAACUUUGCAGAAACUUCAACUACAAAAACAACAGCAGCAGCAACAAAAACAACAGCUGCAACAGCAGCAAUCUCCUAAACAAGUUCAACAUGUGCAAUCCCCUCCACUGGCACAAACACCACAAACAUCCACAUCUGUUCAAUCACCACAGUCACCAGCCCAAGGUGUAGGCACAAUCCAGAUUAGUAUAGUGGACAGCAGCAAAGUGCCUCAGCUACAGCGUGGGGUAAGCUGUGCUCAACAGAUUCAGAUCCCUGUGCACUUGCUGCAGGCAGGUCAAGCUCUGCAGAACUCCACCAACACUCUCCCUGCUGUCAUUGUGUCCAGUACAGGUAACUCUCCUACAAAACAGGCCAAACCUGCUGUGACACAAGCUCAGGCUAUUGUUGUUCCUGAUCUGAAUCUGGGCAAACCUCGGGUGUCUUUUGCAACGCCUCCUCCUAAUGGUCAACCAUUCAUAUUCAGUUCUACUGCAGACACUUCAACCAAGACAACCAGUGAACCAAUGCCUCCAAAUGGGAUAACUAGAACAACUUCACUGCCUGGAUCUCCAAUGGAUGGGCAGAAGAUUUCAAGGUCGCCUUCUAACCCUUUCUUCACAAUUCCGCUCAAAGAACCACCCAAAUAUGAUGAGGCCAUCAAAAGCAAACAACAUCAGAACCAGAGCCAAAACCCACCAUUCCUACUUCUGGAGACCCCAUCAUUGGACUCUCCCUCAACUGUAUCGGCUCUGGCUUCAAAAAGUUCUGCUAUUGAUGACGUCUUGGAAAUUCUCAUAAGAAAUGGAGAAUUGCCACCAAGUGCUGCUCAGGAGCCACCACCCACACCAAAGACGACGACCAGUAGUGGGACAGCACCAGCUGAGACCACAUCUGUAUCGCUCUCCAUGGAUGCGAUGCUCGGUUCAGCUAGCUCUCCCAAGUUCAGCCAGUUAUCUCCUCACGGCUCAUUUGUUGGAGAGACUGGAACAUCCACUGUCACCACGCUUCAUACACCAGUGGCUUCUCCACUGUCCACUGGUCAGAGGGAAAGUUCUCCACAUCACUUCCUUAUUUCACCCCCACCCAGUAAUGAAAACCCUACACAUGAACUCUCACUCAGUGAACAAGAUGGGCUUCCACCUCAUUUGGACUUGGACUUUUCCAAUAUGGACUGGUCUUCAGAUCCAGCCCUUGGACUAGACCUAGCUGACAGUGCUGGCCUUUCCAUAGACCCAUCCAGGUUUGUUGUAGAUGGUGGAAAAAUGCUGUCUGUGCCUGUUUCAAGUGCUUCUCCUAGAAAAUCUGGCAGCAGCCACGGUUCUGAACCAGAUUUGGCUGCCCUGGGACUGAAUGACCCAGAGUGCAACAGUCACAUGCAGAUGGAUGUUUCAGACUGGUUGGAUGUCAUCAUGCCCAGCACAGGACUUACUCCACUCAGUACUAAUGCUCCAGUAUCAUUCCCUUCUGAUCCCAUUCUAACACCUAAGACACAGCAAGAAGUGCUUGACCUGUUCAACUUUGAUGAUGCUGAAUUCACCACAACAGAACAUCAGGGUGGUAUUAACUGGGACAAGCUCACAGAGUCAAGCACCAGUGCCAGCUAGUGUAUAGGGAGACCUGCAUGUGUGGAGAGCUGGUUUGUUAAAGUGGAGUUCAUGGGAGGAAGGACCAUAGGUGUCAAGAUCCAGCAGAAGCUGUUGGAGAAUUCAAUAGACAUUGACAUGCCCUGUGGCGGAACAAAAGUUUCUGCCUUUAUGUGGAACGCACAAGUCAAGGCAGACCAUUUUCAUAUACUGUGCUCUCAUUGCAUGCUGCCUUGUGCGUCUCUGUUGUACUUUAGUUCUGUUCUCCAUUGUCUUCAACAGUGGUUCAAUGGAAUUGACUGUUCUGACAUUGUAAUCACUAAACCACAAACUGUUCUAAUAACUUGAGUGCAGUUGUACACAGGAGACUUCAGUGUGACUACUAAUUUGCGCAUAUGCGUAAUAGAAAUCUCCUCAGCAUAUUGACACAUCCAGUUCCAACUGCACUACUAGACUACUAGAGACAUCUGUUUGCUGUUUGAAUGCAGUUUCCCCUGCAUGAAGUUGUGUAUGUUGUGAGCAUGGAUGUCUGCUGUUGUGUAGGCAGCAGUCAUGGUAACACUUAAAAAACUAAUAAUAUUUCUAUGUACCUGGACAUUAAGAUACACAUAGCAGCACUCACAGACUGAAGUGAAGUUUGUCUGUUCUCAAAAGACUCCUACAUCAAACAAGACAUAAACAAAUGACCAAGUUUGAACAGUUGUUGAUUGAUGUCCAACCUGGUGUUUGUGAUGUAUUCUGGUGCUGUGAUGAGACAAUGAUGUUUUGUAUUGCUGGCUGUGCUAAUAGGAACCAGAUGAGCCCUGUCAGUUGACUCCUGUCUUAGCUGCCAUUUACGCACUGUUUACAUGAAAUUGUUGUUUCAGAUGUUGAUUUUGCAGGGAAACGUAUAAACCAAUGGACACUGCAAAAUGUGAUGUCAUUGAAACCCAAGUGUCUGUAGCUUGUGAAGAUUGCAUUAACCUGCUGGUCUUGUGAAGCUUGGAGUAACCAGCUGGCCUUGUGAAGCUUGGAGUAACCAGCUGGCCUUGUGAAGCUUGGAGUAACCAGCUGGCCUUGUGAAGCUUGGAGUAACCUGCUGGACUUGUGAAGCUUGCAGUUAACCUGUUGGACUUGUGAAGCUUGCAGUUACCCUGCCGGCCUUGUGAAGCUUGCAGUUCACCUGCCGGCCUUGUGAAGCUUGCAGUUACCCUGUCGGCCUUGUGAAGCUUGCAGUUCACCUGCUGGCGUUGUUGAACUGCUCCAAUAUAUGUGCAACACACUUGACUGGUGACAUUAUAAAUGUCCGUGUUUACAUUCGUUAAAGUUGUUAACUUGUUACUCUGUCCAUCUAUCAUGGCUUUUGUUAAAGAUUAAUUGUUACCGUUCUGCACACUGUUCAUUUGACCGUGUAAUCUAUCAUAAGUGAAACCUACCAUGACAAUCCUGCCUGUUUAUAUAGGUGUAGUAUGCGUGACAUUGUUGAUUUUCCAUGCUGUAAAUUGAGGGUCCAUUGUUUGGGGAGUGUUAUGAGCAGAUAUUGCUGAACCAGAACUUGAGCAUGAUAACCACAGAACCAAUACUGACGUCACCUUGUCCCGUCAGACUUAAUAAUGGUCUUCAUUUAAAUAUGUUCUCCUUCUAGCAAAGAUCAUCUAUUAAUACGUAUUCUUCUUGAUGUGUUCAUUACUGUAAAAUUUAUGUUGUCAUGUUAAUUUUCCAUCAUAAAUACCUGUAAAUUUUCUACUGUAUCACAUUCUGAAUAUCUUACAGUAUUUGUGUUUAAUAAGAUGUAGUGGUUUUUUUGGUGCUUCUCUUUUUCUGUAGUCAGUUCAGAUCAUAAAAUAAAAUUCAUUCAUUCAUUUA